UGAAACAGCUCCGUCUUUAGUUCGUGUUUGGGGAGAUGGCAGCUGGAUCUGUUGUACUUAAGUCUUCUUCAUGUGCUGAAACAAAUGUGCAAGAAAAGUAAUCAAGCUAAUACUAAUGUUAUGCUUUUAUAUGAUGUACUCGUGUCACCUUGUUAAACGAAAUCCUCAAUCAAUGAACAUGUAAACAUUACUGUUGGACACAUGAUGUCCCCUGAGAUUAUAUGAUAAAAAGUCCAACUUUAUGUCCUUGCACUUGAGGUUUAGACGCACACUGCUCCAAGAAAUGAAGAGAACACUUAAUCAUAACAUUAUAAGACUGAGUCAGUGAAACUUCAGGGACACCAAUCUAUCCAGUUAGGAAGCGCAAGCGAUUCUGAAUCAAUGUCCUCUGCUUUGGUGCAAAUUAAGUGACUACAGGUGCGAUGGAGAUUUUUGAUCAGGUUGCACAGGUAGUCCAGCUCCUGCAGGAUGAAAAUCCAUAAGUGCGCUCGCAAAAAGGACUGUGUGUCUCCCAGUAUAGCCUCAAGAGCAUGGAGGAGACACCAGGAGACCGGCUGCUACACAAGGAGAGCUGGACAGGGCCAUAGAAGGGCAUCAACCCAGCAGCAGGACAUGUAUCUGCUCCUUUGUGCGAGGAGGAACAGGAGGAGCCCUGCCAGAGCCCUACAACAUGACCUCCAGCAGGCUACUGGUAUGUGUGUGGCAGGAGCUCCAGGCAGUGAGGACAGAGAUCUCUGAGCUGGAGAAGCUGAAGAGACACAUCAGUGACACAGUCAAAGCUCUAGUGAAGAAGAAUGACAAGAAAGCUCUUGCCAAUCUUCAGGAGUACACCCAGGCUCUGCAGAAGGGCCGAGAGAUUCGCAGCAGGCUGAAUCAGCUCUACACUGCAGACACCGAGCUGGAUCAGGAGCACUACAGCCGAGCGCUCAGAUUGCCCAACACAACACACCCUGACGUGCCAGUUGGAGAUGAGAGCCAGGCGAGGGUGGUGGAGCUGGUCGGAGAGAAACCUGCGUUUGACUUCAAGCCAAGGGGCCACGUAGAACUGGGUGAGGAGUUGGGUCUCAUCAGGCAGAGGCAUCUAGCUCACGUUUCAGGCCACAGGUCCUAUUAUCUGAGGGGAGCAGGGGCCAGACUUCAGAUCGCACUUCAAAACUUCGCCCUCGACACACUGCAGCAACGGGGCUUCAUUCCCAUGGUUGUCCCUGACGUGCUGAAGGGGGCAGUGUUUGAAGGUUGUGGGAUGCAGCCCAAUGCUCACCGCUCUCAGGUCUACUCCCUGGACCCGGCUCGGUUCGCGGAUCUCAACCUGGCUGGGACUGGAGAGGUCGGGACAGCAGGCUAUUUCAUGGAUCAUGCAGUAAACUGGAAGGAUCUACCUGUCAGGUCGGUGUGCAGCAGCACCUGCUACAGAGCAGAGACUGACACCGGCAGAGAGACGUGGGGCCUCUACAGAGUUCAUCACUUCACCAAGGUGGAGAUGUUUGGAGUGACAGCAGAUGAGACAGGAGAGGAGAGCUCUCAGCUGCUGCAGGAGUUUGUCUCCUUGCAGAAAGAGAUGUUCUCUUCACUGGAGUUACACUACAGAGUGCUGGACAUGCCGACACAGGAACUGGGUCCUCCUGCUUACAGGAAGUAUGACAUAGAAGCCUGGAUGCCAGGGAGGAACAGUUACGGAGAGAUUUCCAGCGGCUCCAACUGCACAGACUACCAGAGCAGACGCCUCAACAUCCUGUAUGAGAGAGAAGACGGCAGCCUGCAGUACGCCCACACAGUGAAUGCUACAGCAUGUGCCAUCCCCCGAACCAUCAUCGCGAUCCUGGAGACGCAUCAGACCAAAGAGGGAACAGUGCGUGUGCCCCGAGCCCUGCAGCCUUAUUUGGGUCUAGAAGUGAUCGAGAAGCCAAUGUACUCUGCACUGAAAUACAUUGGACCCAACCAGCACAAUCGACCACCCAGACCUGCGCCGAAGACCAGAUGACGUGACUGCAAGUGAAGAGCUCUGACCCCCGGCUGUCAUCUUCAAACACCCAUGUGUCAUUUCCCAUCACACACCUUAAAAUCCCAUGAGACAGAAAGUCCAUAUGUGACAAAUAAGCAUCAGGAAAUCUUGACUACAGUUUGUUGUCCAUUUAAAAGGUUGUGAAUAAUCUCUUUUGUGCUUGAAAUCAAAUUCCUUGAAUUGGAUGAAUGGAGUGCACCAGUGUUUUGAGAUGAUUGGAUCAGGCCUCAGUCAAGCAGUUUUCUGACAGUGUAAAUAUUUUUGUCAUUUUUUAAAAUGCUAUGAAAUUGUGAAUGGUAGCCAUGACAGAAACACACACACAAAAUGACCUUGAUGACAGUGGGACCUUGAGGGGAGUGUGGCUAUUAGUCAAUAUGGGGAAGACGCUGCACAAUAGAAUAUUUAUUGUCUCCUGUAGGUGAUAUUAAGUAAUGGGUUGUUAAUGUCUGUUGCAUAACCAGCUGCUACAAAGUGAAAAUACUUAACCAGUUGGUAGAGGAAGUGAUAAUGUCUGCACGGACCUCCACAAUAAAUGGAAUACAGUUAUAUGUGAA